GCUCUGCUCUUUCUCUGUUUUUGAUUUGUGGGUGUUCGAUUUUCUUUUCUUCCUUUUGGGUGAACUUUCUCCUUUAUUUUAUUCGAUGCUUGAUCUUUUUGUUACCAAAAGGAAAACAAAAGAAUAGAAUAUAGGUAAAGAUGCUACACUCAUCAGUUUUAUCCAAAUCAAUUUGUACCAAGUUUCCUUUGUUCGCUUCCGCAAAUGCAAACCCUUCUUCCAUUUCUUCUCUUCUUCAAAUUGGAUUGAAGUGGAGUGGAAAAGCAUCGAGUAUUAGCUGCGGGCAACGACUUUCAAGUAAGGCAAGGAGCCGUGUCAAGCAUAGGAUAGCUAAUGUCUACGGGCGUCAGGCACGAGAACGUUUACUUGAGGAAGAAGCCCCUGAAAUGGAAGAAACCACCCCUUCAUUUAAAAUUUUCCCGGGUCAGGCGUUUCCAUUAGGUGUAUCGGAAGUUGAUAAUGGUAUAAAUUUUGCUAUUUUUUCACAGCAUGCAACUGCAGUUACGCUUUGCUUAUCACUUCCCCAAAGGGGAGAGCUUGACCAGCUGGCUGGUGAAAUGAUUGAAUUUUCCUUGGACCCUCAUGUCAACAAAACGGGAGACAUUUGGCACAUAUGCAUUGAGGAUUUUCCCCGGAGCAAUGUCCUCUAUGGUUAUCGCAUGGAUGGUCCUAAAGAUUGGGAUAAAGGUCAUCGAUUUGACAGCAACAAUGUGCUUAUAGAUCCUUAUGCAAAGCUAGUAGAAGGUCGCAGAAAUUUUGGAGAUUCAAAUCAUAAAUUAUCAAAAUUUCUUGGAACUUAUGAUUUUGAUAGCUUGCCUUUUGACUGGGGAGACAACUACACUCUCCCAAACCUACCUGAGAGAGAUCUUGUUAUAUAUGAAAUGAAUGUUCGUGCAUUUACAGCUGAUGAAUCUAGUUGCUUGGAUUCAAAUCUUCGUGGCAGCUAUGCUGGUCUGAUUGAGAAGAUCCCACACCUUCAAGAACUUGGAAUCAAUGCAGUGGAGUUGCUUCCUGUCUUUGAGUUUGAUGAGUUUGAAUUUCAAAGGCGCCCUAAUCCCAGAGAUCACAUGAUCAAUACAUGGGGUUACUCAACGAUAAAUUUCUUUGCUCCAAUGAGUCGUUAUGCUAGUGGUGGUGGAGGAGCUGUUAGUGCUUCAUGGGAGUUCAAAGAAAUGGUUAAAGCCUUGCAUGGCUCUGGAAUUGAGGUGAUUUUGGAUGUUGUCUAUAAUCACACCAAUGAAGCUGAUGAUAAGCAUCCUUAUACCACUUCAUUUCGUGGCAUAGAUAACAAGGUUUAUUACAUGGUGGACUUAAACAACGAAGGCCAGCUGCUAAACUUCACUGGCUGUGGGAAUACAUUGAACUGCAACCAUCCUGUUGUCAUGGAGCUCAUACUUGACAGCUUAAGACACUGGGUUGUUGAAUAUCACAUAGAUGGAUUUCGAUUUGACCUUGCUGGUGUACUUUGUCGAGGCACAGAUGGUUCUCCACUUAAUGCUCCUCCACUUAUUAGGGCUAUUGCCAAAGAUGCUAUCUUAUCAAGGUGCAAAAUUAUUGCUGAACCUUGGGAUUGUGGAGGACUUUAUAUUGUUGGUAGUUUUCCUAAUUGGGACAGGUGGGCUGAGUGGAAUGGAAAGUACCGCGAUGAUCUGAGAAGAUUUAUAAAGGGAGAUCCUGGUAUGAAAGGAGCAUUUGCAACUCGCAUUGCUGGAUCUGCUGACCUCUACAAAAUAAACAAACGUAAGCCAUACCAUAGUGUUAAUUUUGUCAUUGCACAUGAUGGCUUCGCUCUCCAUGAUCUUGUUUCUUACAAUUUUAAGCACAAUGAAGCCAAUGGAGAAGGUGGAAAUGAUGGAAGCAAUGACAAUUUUAGCUGGAAUUGUGGGUUUGAAGGUGAAACUGACGAUGCAGAUAUUAAAGCCUUGCGCUUCCAGCAAAUGAAAAACUUUCAUUUGGCAUUGAUGAUAUCACAGAUUUCCAUAAGGCUGACAGUCAAUAAGAGGCCUGGAGGGGUCCCUGACCUGUCCCCUUCAACUCCCCGACUCUCCGGAACUCCAAUGAUGCUAAUGGGAGAUGAAUACGGGCACACACGAUAUGGGAAUAACAAUAGUUAUGGACAUGAUACUGCUAUUAAUAAUUUCCAGUGGCAACAGUUGGAUGCAAGGAAGAGUGAUCACUUUAGGUUUUUUUCAGAGGUGAUAAACUAUCGGCGAAUGCAUCAAGUAUUUCGUCAUGAAAAUUUUCUCAGCAAAGGUGAUGUGACAUGGCAUGAGGAUAACUGGGAAAAUCCUGACAGCAAAUUCCUUGCAUUUACGCUUCAUGAUAAUAGUGGUGGAGAUAUCUAUCUGGCAUUCAACGCUCAUGACUUCUUUGUUAAAGUUUCUGUACCUCCACCACCUCCGAAGAGGCGUUGGUUCCGUGUGAUAUAUCUAUGGAUUCACAGAUUCACUUUCAUUGGAAAUAAAGAUUCUAUUAGAAUUUAUCAUCCCAGCAGUGGGUUGAUGAGGAUUAACUGCAAUUUUAUACUAUAAAGCUACAGAGCUGCUUGGAUUGACGGUUUGAUUGUCGUAAUUGUUGAUUUUACAUCUGUCUUUUGUUAUUCAUAGUCGAUAACUUAAAUCUGAAUCUGAGAUUGCAGGUGGACACCAAUCUUCCAUCUCCUGAUGAUUUUGUCUGUGAAGGAGUCCCUGGAAUUGGGAGGACCUACAAUGUGGCUCCAUACUCUUCCAUUCUUCUUGACGCUAAACAAUAAGCUGA